AUGACCACUACUAUAGAUCCAACCGACUACGUUGAAGUUACAGAAGGAAGCUUAAGAUUUGGUGAUGAAAAACAACAAGCAAAAUUCGAAUUAGGUGUCUGUAUGGCCGUCUACAAAUGGGAAGAACUCACGACAGCAGUAGACAAUCUUUGGGGUGGACCCAAAUCGGCCGAAAAGAGGGAUUGGAUAUCUGGAAUCGUUAUUGAAUUGUUUGAUGAACAAGCGGUGGAUAUCCAACUAAUUGAAGAAACUUUAUUAUAUGCUAUGGUUGAUGAAUUUGAUACUGAAAUAGAUAAUGAUUCCGCUUUGGAAAUUGCGGCUUUGAUUAUGAAAUUUUAUAAAGAUGUUACUAUUGGUAAGUAUGAACAAAUCGAUGAGAUGUAUAGUAGGUGGCAAGCCCAACAGAAUUCAGGUACUGUUCAUAAAGUUAAGGUUGAGUCAGAUCCAAAUAAUCCGGAUGUUUCCGAUAGUGAGGAUGAUGAAGAGGAAGAAUAUGAUCAAGCAAGCGUUCCUGAACUUACCGAAGAUCAAAUGGAGAUAGAUGAACCUCAAGGUCCAAUAGUGGAUGAAGAUGGGUUUGAAUUGGUUCAAAAGAAGGGAAGAAGAAGAUAA